UUCUUCUCUUUACGCCGACAUACAAAAGAAAAGGGACAUCGCCAUCACCAUGUCUGCCCCAGCUGCUUACAGUGACAUUGCUAAGGCUGCCAACGAUCUCCUGAACAAGGAUUUCUACCACACCAGCCCAGCCAGCCUCGAGGUCAAGUCCAAGGCCCCCAAUGGCGUUACCUUCAACGUGAAGGGAAAGUCUGCCCAUGAGGGUUCCAUUGCUGGAUCUCUCGAGGCCAAAUAUGUCGAUGCGCCAUCCGGCCUCACCCUCACCCAGAUGUGGACCACCGGAAACGCCCUCGACACCAAGCUCGAGCUCGACAACAACAUCACCAAGGGUCUCAAGGCCGAGAUUCUCACACAGUACAUCCCUUACUCCCAGUCCAAGGGUGCCAAGUUGAACCUCCACUUCAAGCAGCCAAACUUGCACACCCGUGCUUUCUUUGACCUCCUCAAGGGCCCAACUGCCAACUUCGACGCUGUCCUUGGCCACGAGGGCUUCCUCGUCGGUGCUGAGGGCGGUUAUGACGUCCAGAAGGCCGCCAUCACCAAGUACUCCGCUGCUGUCGCCUACUCCCUCCCAGAGUACUCUGCCGCCAUCACUGCCUCCAACAACCUCUCCGUCUUCGCCGCGAGCUACUACCACCGCGUCAACGCUCAGGUUGAGGCUGGUGCCAAGGCCACCUGGGACUCCAAGUCCGGAAACACCGUUGGUCUCGAGGUUGCCAGCAAGUACAGACUCGACCCAUCUUCCUUCGCCAAGGCCAAGAUCAACGACCGCGGUAUCGCUGCUCUCGCCUACAACGUCCUCCUCCGCCCAGGUGUCACCCUUGGCCUCGGUGCUUCCUUCGAUACCCAGAACCUCAACCAGGCUGCCCACAAGGUUGGCGCCAGCUUCACCUUUGAGGGUUAAAUCAGUGCUACUUGACCAGCACCGAUUGACCGAUCAACUCAUAACCUGCCAAUAGGAACAUACCGAAUGCUUUGUCUUCUAGCGUUCCCCUGUACUAUCUCAGAACUUAUGCGUUCCCCUUUUGACAUCUUAAAGUUUCUAUAGCCAAAUAAAUUCUUUUGUCUUCG